ACAUUAGAUUUUAUAAAACAAAAUGGUGGCUGCGGCCUGCGACGCUGUGGUGAUUACAACGAGCGGGUCAAACAAAGCGUGCCUACGUUUUACUCUUGUCUAAACUGGUCUAAACCACGGACUAUUGUGUGCAAAUUUUAUAGCAAAAACUCUUUCGCUAGCAGUUUUGUGAAAGUUAAGUGCUAAAAUGUCUCGUGAACCGCCCAGGAAGGGCUAUUUUAGCCGGGAUCCUCGAAAUCGUGAUCGUGAUAGAGAUUGGAACCGCCGCGGUUCCGAUUACAGAGGCCGUCCAACCUCAGGUUCUAUAAACAGGAAGAGCCGGAGCCCUUUAAGAAAUGAUAUCGAUAAACGUCGAAGUCGUUCCCCGAGGAAAAAUGAUAAUAAAGACUUGAUUGACGAAAACAUUUUGAGUGAAAUUUCAAAAUUACCAGAACCAAGCGAGCUGUGGGACAAUCAAUUUCAAGAAGGCGGUUACACUGCGGCGCCCCCUGCACCUGCCUUUCCACAAGAGGCUGUCACCAAUCCAAAUUUUGCCACGAAUUACCAGCCAUCGUACUCUGGGAUAUAUGAUGAUUUCCCACCUGUGGCAUCGGUGCCUACCACUGCACCGCUGCCACCUGACAUGUCAACAUGGAACCAAAUGUCUUUACCACCACCACCGAAUCCGGCACCACCACCUCCCUUCAUAACCAACCCAGAAGAUCAGAUGAAGAAAGAAGCCGCCAUUCAGUCCGAAAUGCGCCACCAAAAGGCAGCACUGUCCAAACAACGCGAAGACUACAUUAAAAAGGCGGCCAUCUUGAAAAAAGAAUUAGAUACUCUCAAGGAUCAACGCAACGAGCUCAGAGGCGAUUCGAAACGUUCCCCGAGCCCUGACACCAAGCGGUUCCUGAAAGAAAAUACCAAAUUACAGUUGGAGAUUCAGAAUAAGCUGAAGACGAUUAACAAUGUCGUCGACAUGCUGAACGGGAUCAUCGGAGAAGAGGCUCAAGAGUUGCACGAUACCGAAGGAUCGCCUGAACCGGGAUCCAAGCGGAAAUCCAGGUCACCAUCCGCAAGUCAGAAGUUCAACUAUGUGUAUUAUGAUCCUGAAAUGCAUUGGUGCCGCGUCUGCAAUGAAUUCCCACCGACUGCUAAGGAUUAUCUGAACCAUCUGCAUUCGCCUGCUCAUUCGAACAGGAUGGCUGCAGCGCACAUGGAGGCUCCGUGGCACAGCGUCAACGGCAUCAACGAGGGAUUCCCGAGCUUCCCCUCUGCUCCCACUAAACGGACUCCUAUUAAAGGCUUACAAUUCUUCGUACCGUCCACUGCAUGGUACUGCAAGCUGUGUGACCAGUUCAUUGGGGAUUUGCACUGCGCCUCUGCUCACCUGAAGUCCGUCACUCACUCCAAGAACUAUACCAACUUCGUAGAGCAAAACCCGCACUGGGAAACUGACUGGAUGUCGGACCGGCAGAAGUCGUUCGAAAAGGCUAGAGCAUCCGCUAAGAACAAACCUGAAGAAAAACCGCCGGCCCAGUACACAGCGCACACCAUUACAUUCAGCAAGGACGGAUUCCACACCAAGAAGAAGGACAGUCCACCGCCAGUAGAAGAUAAAAAGAAGAAAAAAGAGAAGAAGAAGAAGACUAAAAAGAAGAUAAGCAGUAGUAGCAGCUCGUCGAGUAACUCUAGCAGUUCUGACAGCGAACCUGUUAAGAAGAAGAAAAAGAAGAAGGACAAAAGCAGACAAGACGCUGAUGAUAAGACAUUAUCGGAGUGGAUGUCGUCUAUAAAGACGGACAGACUUUACGAGGGCGAUCGGAAACUGCUUGAUGCCCUCAAAAACAGAAUGAAGAUGGACACUAAGUCUUCGGAAGAAAAGCGUCGUUCUCCUGAAACGAAGUCGCGCAGGGAAAGUGUACACCGCGAAUCCCGAGCACGCGACGUGCGCGAUCGGGACCGGGACCGGGAUCGCGAGCGAGACCGCGACCGGCGCGAGGACUCGCGGCGCCGGGACGACGACCGCCGUGACGACCGCCGCCGGGACCGCUCCACCACGCCGCGCGCCGAGCCCAAGAAACCCGAGAUUAGGAAGAUGCCGUUCAUUGGCAAGAUGCCUGUAUACAAGCAUCUAGGAAAGACUCCGAAGACUGAGGAGCAGAAAAAAGAGGAUGAGAAAAAGAAGGAAGAAGAAGAAGCUUCUAAGAAGAGACGCGAGGAGAUGGACGCUGAGAUACAGAAAAAGGUAGCAGAGUUCAAGGAGAAGAUAGCCAAAGCGCAGCUGGACCGUCAGCAGGCGACGGCGGACAUCCCGCCGCCGUCUAUCGCGCUGCCCACGGCGUUGGGCGGCUCCGUGCCCGUGCCGCAGAUAUACGUGCCGCCGGCCGCGCCGCAGCCGCCGCCUCCUGCGCCUGCGCCGCAGCCAGCACCAGCGCCUGCGCCGGCACCCACACUGCCGAAAGACUUCCAGGACGCGCUCGACAUCAUAUUCCCGACGGACGUCAAACCAGACAUGUCGCAACAAGACCUGUUCGGCAUGCCCCCCGGUCUCGGCGCCGGCUUCCCCAUGGGGCUCGGCGGCGUCAUGCCACCAUUCCCCCCCUUCCUACAACCACAAAUGCCCCCACAAAUGAUGAUGGGCUUCGACAUAAAUUCCUCACUCUUCCCCCCAAGACCCCAACUCUACGACACACACGUGCCCCUAGUCCCGAGCCCGAAGCCGAGACAAAACAAAAACAGACAACACAACAAAAAUAUGCAACACAACAAACAUAUGCAGCAUAAGAAAAACAACCAUCAUCAUAGCAAUCAGAAUAAGACAAAUGAAGGGAAUACAACUCCACAACAAAAUACUACGCCUAGUAAGGAAACUAAGGAAAAUGGGGACGCUGCGAAGAAAAAGGAGGAGUUAGACGAUUUGGCGAUGCUAGGGAUCGACGCCAGCGACGUCGGCGCCGGUAUUUGAUCCUCGGACAAACGUCCACUUAAAAACAAAAAGAAGCCAAAGCGGAAGUUUAACUGUAGAUCCAAAUACAGGUGGUAUAAAAAUGAUAACAAACUCAACAAAUGAAUGUGGUGGAUGUACAUUUAUAUUAAUUAUAAUAUUGACUAUUUAGAUUAACAAACUAUAACGUUCCUGAAGACUUCAUCGUUUUAUUAUAUUAAUAGGAUCACUAUGUAUUGUGUGAUAUUAAAGAAGGUUUAACCUUUAAAACCCGACUUCGUCAGAAGCUAUAUUUGUUCUUAAUUUACCUCGUAUGUCAUAACUUUUCUAAUUAUGUUAAUAUUAGUCAAUUACUGGCCCCAAUUCCUGCAGACACCUCCUAAUUUUAUGUUAAGUUAUACCCGUCAUUUUCUAAUCCGCCGAAAGGGAAAGGAACGAAUGGUUGACAACUAUUAAUUUUAAAAUGAAUGAAUAACCCGCGCGAAUAAAAUAGGCGUCUCUAAAUUCUGCCGGGUUCUUGACCAAAAUAUAUUUUUUAAAGGGUUGGUUUAGAUUUCUGCCUAAUUGACGUGUGUUCCAUAUAUUUUAAGCCUGUCGAUUACUCGUCUCUUUCCUUUUCGACGGAUAAGAAAAUGACAGGUAUAACUUAAAAUAAAAUUAGAUCGUGUUGCAGGAAUUGACACCAAUGACUAAUCAAUGAAUAGACAAAUCUGUCUGAAUUAAUAUGUAUUAUGGAUUAUGUAUCCUGUAACAUAAGUGGUCUACGUUUGUAAAAAUAAGCAUUUAAUUUUUAAUGCCAAUAAAUAUUAUAAACAAGA